AUGUCCAUCGGCGCGUCACCCAACAUAAAAGAUGAAGAAAAAUCCAGUUGCGGACCGAGGAUAAAGCGCUGGUGUAAGAGCCGCCGCUGCCAGUUGUGGAGAUUACUGCUGCUCCCAUUCAUUCCUAUCUUGGCGCUCAUUGUACAGACUACACUAUCACUUAAAAGCUCCAUCACUAAUGGCAGAGACGUGGCUGAUGUCGAAGAACAAGUUAGUCGGGCAACUGAACUGGGUAAGCUGGUUACGAGGCUGCAGCAGGAGAGAUCUGAAGUUGCUUUCUUCAUAUUUACCAACGGAAGUACAUUAAGAUCAAAUCUAUCACAGCGGUUCACGGGGACUAACAUCGCUAUAGCCCAAAUGGGAUCCCUUCCUAGACUGAUGUUCAAAGACAGAUCGAGACUUGUGGAUGGGGAUUCCUUUGAAGCUGAACUUCAAGAGCUAAG